UUCGCAAUCAAUGGGUAAAACUCUAGUGUGCGUGAGCGAUAAAAUAUAAAUAAUCUAACCUGUACUGUUCGCCUAUUUAUUUAGUUUCAAACUUAAUACUUACAUGUUAUUCAUUGGAACUCACAAUGUUACGAAUGUUAAAAGCUAUUAGACUUGUACUUAAUGUCAGUAAUUUGACUACAAUCAAGAACAAGAAUAAUGUUAGUCAGUCUAUAAAAAAUAAUUUUGUGCAAUGUCGUACCAUGUAUACUGGUACGAGCUCUACAGAUGACUUUGCAACGAACUGUGAGAAACCAAAGAAACGAAAGACUGUGGAAGUUCCCAAGAUUACACUUUUGAAUCAGGAUGAAUCUAUGAGAAUCGUUUUCUUAGAAGAAGCGAUAAAAAUUGCUAAGCGGCAGAAUCUUCAUUUAGUACAUACUGGCGAAGACCCCAAGAGUGGUAGAAGUAUUUAUAAGCUUUUCGAUUAUCAUGAGAUAUUAACGCAAGAAAAGGAGAUUGUGAACCUAAAUGUCGAGGAACAGAAAUUCAAGCAUACUAAAAUGUUUAAUUUAAAAUCAAAAAUCGAAGAACAUGAUUUAGGAGUAAAAAUGGCUCAUAUGAAUAAACUGUUGAAGAAAAAUCAUGUAGUCAAAGUGCUUGUUAAUCACCCUACCGAAGGCAAUGUGGAAACAGUAAACAUACUCAAGAAAAAUAUAUUAGGAACUGUGUCAAAAGAGGUAUCAAAAAAAGGUACAACUAUACUUGUAUUUUCUCCUUCUUCGAAUGAAAAAACACGCUAGUUAGACUAAUACAUUCUUCUGUGCGGGCAAUCAAAGCGAUGUACUAGUUUGCAUCUUUUGAUGUAAGUUAAUACAAUGCAAUAGUAAUCAACUACAUGUUUGACAAUGUCAUAUUUAUUUUCAACAUCUCACACGUUUAUUGAAACAUUAAAAUAAGAGUGUUCUACGUAAAUAAGAUGAUUCCCUUCAACAAACCAUUUAAAAAUGAGUCUUUAGAUUGUACAUAACUAUCAUUCAGCUAUUCAAUGAAUAUAAAAGAAAUAUACGCUUAUAACAGAUUUUAUUACUAA